AAAAAAAACACUCACACACACAAAACACACAGUCACAAAUUUCACUCCACACUGUUGUGCCGUAACGCCUCCUACUCAUCUUCCUCCAUAAAAAACCAACAAAAACCAGAGAAAACAAAAUCAAAUCCACACACACACACACAGAAACAACGAAACCCUAGAUUUCGCCAACAAUGGGGAAAGGUGGUGCACUGAGCGAAGGCGUGGUGAAGAAGAUCGUCCUCUCGUACACCUACGUAUCGACCUGGAUCUUCCUCUCGUUCAUGGUGAUCGUCUACAACAAGUACAUCCUGGAUCGGAAGAUGUACAAUUGGCCCUACCCGAUCUCCCUAACCAUGAUCCACAUGUCCUUCUGCUCCUCCCUCGCCUACCUCCUCGUCCGCGUUUUCAAGGCCGUCGAUCCGGUCACCAUGUCUUGGGAUCUGUACCUCAAAUACGUCGUCCCCAUCGGACUUCUCUACGCCCUCUCCCUCUGGCUCUCCAAGUCCGCCUACAUCUAUCUCUCCGUCUCCUUCAUCCAGAUGCUCAAGGCGCUGAUGCCGGUCGCCGUGUACACUCUCGGCGUCCUCUUCAAAAAGGAGGGUUUCAAAUCGGAGACCAUGGCGAACAUGAUCUCCAUCUCGAUCGGCGUCGGAAUCGCCGCCUACGGCGAGGCGAAGUUCGAUUCCUGGGGCGUGAUUCUCCAAUUGGGGGCGGUGGCGUUUGAGGCGACCCGGCUUGUCAUGAUUCAGAUCCUGCUCACAUCGAAGGGUAUCACAUUAAACCCGAUUACGUCUCUCUACUACGUUGCGCCUUGUUGUUUGGUCUUCCUGUUUGUGCCUUGGGUUUUCGUGGAGUUCCCGAUCCUUAGGGAGAACUCGAGCUUCCGGUUCGAUUACGUGAUCUUCGGGACGAAUUCGAUGUGCGCGUUCGCGCUGAACCUUGCCGUGUUCCUACUCGUCGGGAAGACGUCUGCUCUGACGAUGAAUGUGGCUGGUGUGGUCAAGGAUUGGCUGUUGAUUGCGUUUUCGUGGUCGGUGAUUAAGGAUACGGUGACGGCUAUCAAUUUGUUCGGUUAUGCGUUGGCGUUCUUGGGCGUGGCGUAUUACAAUCACUCGAAGCUGCAGGCGCUCAAGGCGAAGGAUUCGCAGAAGAAGGCUCAGAUGGCUGAUGAGGAAGCUGGGAGGUUGUUGGAGGAGAAGGAAGCUGAGAACAAUGGAGUUAGAAAGAACGACGCGCACAAUUGAUCGAUUCUCUUAGGUAAUUUAAUCCGACGUUUUUUUCUUUUCUUUCCUGCUAGAAUGAGGAAUUAGGCAGUGGACAUGAAAUUCGGAAAUCGUGUGAUUGGUUCUUGAGGACGAUCGAUGAAUUUCUUAUAUAUGCUGUCCCCGCAAUAUUUUUUUUUACCCCUUGGUUUUUAACUUAUUAUUUACUUUGUUGUCAUCUCGUGCUACUGCGAAUUUUGAGGAUUGCUCAUAUUCGCCAGAUGGCGGAGAGUGACGUUAGAGCGGAGGAUCGUUUUUUAUUUUCUAUGUCGUUCUGAUACAUUAUCAUUAAUUUACUACUCUUUUCAUUACAA